AUGAAAACUAAAGAGGUAUGGAGAUACACAAUAGAUAAGCCAACAGAAGGGAAUUAGAAUCUAACAAAUCAAGUAUUUGCUUGUGCUUUUUUAAAAGGUAAAGAUUCUGAGUGAAUUGAAUAGACGGAGAUGUUGUAGUGGCGGCAGUGGGGAAUGCUUUACUUUUAUUUGAUACAUAAAAAUCAGAGAUGUUAAGACAACCAUUAAGAGGAUAACAUAAAGAUACAAUAACAUGUUUGGCGGCAUCUAAGGAUGGAAAUAAAAUGGUAUCAGGAAGUGCGGAUAAAACAGUUAUUGUUUGGGGAUUCAAUAUGGGAAGAGGUGAAAAAAUGUUAGAUGCAGAGAAAUAUUUUUCACAUAGUGAUGGAAUAUAAUGUGUUGCAAUAAGUCCAUUAAUGUAUCAGAUAUUCACAGGUUCAAAUUAAGAAUAUUCAUUAUGGAUUCCUGGAAUGAAUAAUAUUGAGAGAUAAAAGUAUAAGGAGAAAAUCAUAUGUGCAGCAUGGAGUGCAGAUGGUUAGUAUGUAUCAUUUGGAACAAUGAAUGGUAUGAAUGAAUAAUUUUGAGAUUAGGACUGGUUGUGAUUACAGAUAGAUAGGCAAAUUAAUUAAAGGAGAUUUAAACAUAGAAGGGUGGACCAGUAUGGUGUAUGGAAUGGACUCCAAUAACAUCAGAAUAUUAGUAAUCCUAAUUAACAGUUGGAGUCUGGACGAAUUCAUUAUAUUAAUUUGACUUUAAUGGAUAAUAAAUAGGAUAGAGAAUUGAAUUACCUUUUGAUCCUUUAUAAUUAAAUUACUAAUAUAAUGGAGAAUAUUUGGCAAUAGCAGGAAAUAAUAAUAAAAUAAAUCUAUAUACAAGAGAAGGGGGAUUCUUAAUGGAAGCCUGUUCUCUAAAUGAUUGGAUUUGGUGUACAAAAAUUAAACCAAAAUCAACUACGAUAGUUUGUGGAACGAAUGAUGGGGAGAUUGUAGUUUAAGAACUUGUAUCAGAUAAUGUUAGUUCAUUAUAUGAUGAGAGAUUAAUUUAAAGAGAAUAAUUAACAGAUGCAAUAAUAUUAUCAAUGGUAUCAAAUUAGAAAGCUAGAAUCAAAUGUAAAGAAUUAGUAAAGAGAGUUGCUAUUUUUAAAGAUAAAGUGGCUAUUCUUUGUGGAAUCAAAGUCAUAAUUUAUACUUGUAUAAUAAAAGGUGAUGAUUAUAUGAAAUAUAAAUAAUUCAAGAAAUUUCAAAAGAGAGUGGAUUAUGAUCAUUUCUAAUUAGCAUCAUCCAAUGUAUUAAUUGGAGGAGGGUAAAAACUUAUAGCAUUUAAUUUUAAUGGAGAUAUGGAUAAAACAUGGAGUUUUGAAUCUAAUAUUACAGUAGUAUCUUGUUAAGGUGGACCACCUAAAAGAGAGCUGGUAUUAAUUGGUUUAGAGAAUGGAGGUAUAUACAAAAUAUAUUUGGAUAAUUCAUUCCCCAUUUAGAUUCAUAAAGUUAAUACACCAAUAAAACAUUUAACAAUGUCUCUAUCGAAACGAAAAUUAGCAUUAAUAGAUGGAAAUUAAAAUUUAUAGGUUUUAGAUACAAUAAGUAAAGAGAUAUUAUUUGGAGAGAUGAGUGUUGAAGGCGUUGCAUUUAAUUAGGAAUUUGAAGAUUUGAUAGCAUAUUCUGGAAAAGGUUUAUUAUUUUUUAAAUGUAUUACUUUCCCUGCUUUGAAUUAAAAGAUUAGUGGAAAUGUGAUAGGAUUUAAAGGAUGCAAAUUAUUCUUAUAAAAUGGUGAUAAAGUUUAAACAAUUGACAUUUAAUAGACAGCGAAUAUGUAAAGAUAUUUGGAGAAGAAAGAUUUUCAGAAUGCUUUGAAGAUAGCAUGUUUAGGUGUAACAGAAUAAGAUUUAAGAGCAUUAGGAAUAGAAGCUUUGAUAGGAGGAGAAUUUGAGAUAGCUAGAAGAGUAUAAAUAGUAUAAUAAUAAUGAUUAGUGUUNUAUCAUUUGGAACAAUGAAUGGUAUGAAUGAAUAAUUUUGAGAUUAGGACUGGUUGUGAUUACAGAUAGAUAGGCAAAUUAAUUAAAGGAGAUUUAAACAUAGAAGGGUGGACCAGUAUGGUGUAUGGAAUGGACUCCAAUAACAUCAGAAUAUUAGUAAUCCUAAUUAACAGUUGGAGUCUGGACGAAUUCAUUAUAUUAAUUUGACUUUAAUGGAUAAUAAAUAGGAUAGAGAAUUGAAUUACCUUUUGAUCCUUUAUAAUUAAAUUACUAAUAUAAUGGAGAAUAUUUGGCAAUAGCAGGAAAUAAUAAUAAAAUAAAUCUAUAUACAAGAGAAGGGGGAUUCUUAAUGGAAGCCUGUUCUCUAAAUGAUUGGAUUUGGUGUACAAAAAUUAAACCAAAAUCAACUACGAUAGUUUGUGGAACGAAUGAUGGGGAGAUUGUAGUUUAAGAACUUGUAUCAGAUAAUGUUAGUUCAUUAUAUGAUGAGAGAUUAAUUUAAAGAGAAUAAUUAACAGAUGCAAUAAUAUUAUCAAUGGUAUCAAAUUAGAAAGCUAGAAUCAAAUGUAAAGAAUUAGUAAAGAGAGUUGCUAUUUUUAAAGAUAAAGUGGCUAUUCUUUGUGGAAUCAAAGUCAUAAUUUAUACUUGUAUAAUAAAAGGUGAUGAUUAUAUGAAAUAUAAAUAAUUCAAGAAAUUUCAAAAGAGAGUGGAUUAUGAUCAUUUCUAAUUAGCAUCAUCCAAUGUAUUAAUUGGAGGAGGGUAAAAACUUAUAGCAUUUAAUUUUAAUGGAGAUAUGGAUAAAACAUGGAGUUUUGAAUCUAAUAUUACAGUAGUAUCUUGUUAAGGUGGACCACCUAAAAGAGAGCUGGUAUUAAUUGGUUUAGAGAAUGGAGGUAUAUACAAAAUAUAUUUGGAUAAUUCAUUCCCCAUUUAGAUUCAUAAAGUUAAUACACCAAUAAAACAUUUAACAAUGUCUCUAUCGAAACGAAAAUUAGCAUUAAUAGAUGGAAAUUAAAAUUUAUAGGUUUUAGAUACAAUAAGUAAAGAGAUAUUAUUUGGAGAGAUGAGUGUUGAAGGCGUUGCAUUUAAUUAGGAAUUUGAAGAUUUGAUAGCAUAUUCUGGAAAAGGUUUAUUAUUUUUUAAAUGUAUUACUUUCCCUGCUUUGAAUUAAAAGAUUAGUGGAAAUGUGAUAGGAUUUAAAGGAUGCAAAUUAUUCUUAUAAAAUGGUGAUAAAGUUUAAACAAUUGACAUUUAAUAGACAGCGAAUAUGUAAAGAUAUUUGGAGAAGAAAGAUUUUCAGAAUGCUUUGAAGAUAGCAUGUUUAGGUGUAACAGAAUAAGAUUUAAGAGCAUUAGGAAUAGAAGCUUUGAUAGGAGGAGAAUUUGAGAUAGCUAGAAGAGUAUAAAUAGUAUAAUAAUAAUGAUUAGUGUUUUUUAAGAAAUAAGGAUUAUUAAUUUAUAGAUUUGUUAUUGAAAUAUGAGAAGAGGAAUUUAGAUGCAUAGACAUUAAAUGAAUUAAAUGCAGAAGCAUUAGCAUAUUAAGGUAGAUUUAUGGAUGCUGGUAAUUUAUUAAUAAAGGUUGGUUAAGCAGAUAGAGCAGUUCAAUUAUUUAAAGAGCUUAGAAGAUGGGAUGAUGCUAUAAGUAAAUAAUUAAAUAGAAAUAGAUUUUGCAAAGAAAGGAGAUGUUGCUUAUAGAGCAGUAACAUCAGGAGGUAGAACUGGUACUGGUAUUAGAGUUCCAACAUCUUAGGGAAGAACAGGAACUGGUAGAGGUUAAGCAGUUAUGCCAUAACCAUAAGAUAUAGCACCACCUAAAAUAGAAAUGAAUAUGUUGUUAAGAGAAUAAGCAGAAUGGACUAAAGAAUCUGGAGAUUGGAAAGCUGCAGCUGAUUUAUUUGUUACUUGUGCAGAAUAUAAAAAAGCUAUUGAAUUAUAUGGAUAAAAUAAAUAUUUAGAAGGCUUAAUUAAUGUUUGCAGAAUGCUCGAUAAAUAAGAAAAUUCAGAUAAUAUUGUUCUAUGUGCUAAUUAUUUUAAAAAACUUAAACAUCAUGGAGGAGCGAAAGAAGCUUAUCUUAAAUUAAAUGAUCUAAAGAAUCUUAUGAUUUUACAUGUUGAAUUCUAAAAAUGGUAAGAAGCAUUCUAAAUUGGAAGAUCCAAUAAAGAAUUACUCUAAAUUGCUAAAGUACCUUAUGCUGAUUAUUUAUUACUUAAUGAUCGUUAUGAAGAUGCAUUAAAAGCAUAUAAAAGUGCUGGUAGAUUUGAUAUUACUAUGAAAAUGACCAAAGAUAUGGCUAAAAAUUGUAUUGAAGAAUAAAGAUAUCAUGAUGCUAGUCAAUAUUUAUGGAAUCUAGCCAUUGAUUGUUUAUCUUAAAUUUAAGAUUAUUAAAAUCCUUUAGGAGAUGAUGUUAAAGCUAUUACCUAAUACAAAGAUUAUAGUGAUCUUGCUGAUGUUUAUUAUGCAUAUCAAAAAAUACAUAGUUUUAUUUGUGAACCAUUUUAACCACUAUCUCGAGAAUCAUAUUUCUUAUAAAUUAUGAAUUCUGCUAGAUUCAUUAUAUCUAAAUGGAAAAGUGUCUAUUAAGGAAUUAAAAUGAGUUAUGUCUAUUAUGCUUUAGCUAAAUGUGCUUCCUAACUUAUGUGCUAUAAAACUGCACGCAUAUGCUAUGAAAAAUUAAAUGUAAUAAUUCAUAUCAAUAUUAUUAUUUAGUCAUUUAAAAUACCUCCUGAAUGGAGUGAAGAAAUUGAUCUUUAAUCCUUGUUAGUUAGAUCUAAACCUUAUACUGAUGAUGAAUCUAAAUUACCUCUAUGUAUGAGAUGUUAAACUUACAAUCUCAUCAUCAAUUCCACUGAUAAACUAUCACUUUGUAAUGCUUGCUUACAUCCCAUCUUUUCUUCUUUCAUUAGCUUUUCUACUCUACCACUUGUAGAAUUUAAAAUUGAUAAUUCACUCUCCAAAGAAGAUGUUGAAAGACUACUCAAUACAGAAAAAGUAUCCAUUAAUAAAAGACCAGGAUAAUUAUUUUAAGAUAAAAUCAAUGAAAUUAUUUAACAAUAACAAACUUCACAAGAUCAAUAUUUAGUUGUUGAAUUAGAUGAACCUACUCUUUAGUCUCUCUCACCAGAAGAAGUCUUAAUUGUAGAUUAUCGAUAAUAUUGCAAUACUAUUGAUGUCAAAUAUUAUAAAAACAUGAUCGGAGAAUAACCUAUUCAUGUCUGUCCUGAUUGUGGAAGAUUUUUCUAUAUUGAUGAACACGAGUUUGAAUAUGUUUAAAAACGCUGUUGUCCAUUCUGUAAAAUUUCAGACAAAAAAAUACCUUAAAAAGAUGUCUUCGAUAUUUGA